AUGGUGUUCUUCAUCCGCCAGGUCUUCCUGCUGGCCAUAGACUUACUGCUUGCAAUGACCCUCUCUUGCCUCCUGUAUGCCUUUGUAUGCAUUUCCAUUGCACUUCUGGCCUGCUUUGUUAUCUUCUUCUCCUUUGGAUUUGCGGAGAGGAACAUUGAUGUAAAGGGGAGGGCGAUUGUGAUCCUCGUCUCCAACAGCUCCAUUGGAAGGAUGUUUACAAGGAACCUGGAUAAAGCUGGUUUUAGAGUGUCUGCUGCGCACUGGCCUCCUCAGGCGGGACGUACAGCUACGAAGGAAGAGAGCUCUCCUAACAUCGACAUGGCACAGCUCCAUAUGACUGAUGACGAGUAUAAGACGACAGUGAAAAACUUCAUAGAAAGCCACUUAUCCCUUAAAGGUUUUUGGGGGCUUGUGAACAACGCAGGAAUAUCAACAUUUGGCGAGACAGGAUGGCUCUCUAUGGAGAAAUAUGAAAAGUUUGCAGAUGUGAAUCUCCUUGGGAGCAUCAGAACAACCCUGGCCUUUCUUCCUCUUCUAAGGAAAUACAAGGGACGCAUUGUUUUUAUGUCCAGCAUUAUUGCCUAUUUUACUCUGGGAAAUGGCAUUUAUUCUAUGACCAAGGCAGCUAUUGAAAAAUUUUGUGAUGCUCUAAGACUGGAAAUGAAGAAGUUUGGUGUCCUGGUCUGUAUUAUUCAGCCAGGAAAUUAUGCACGUUCUACAAAAAUUCAGCCGCCAAUCAGUGCAGAAGAGAUUUGGAAUGAACUCAGUGAAGAGGAAAAGGAAGUUUACAAUAAAGAAUAUGUUCAAGAGCGGGCAGACUUUUUCAACAACAUUCUCAAUACAGGCAGCACUAAUGGCAAUGAAGUUGUAGAUGCUAUGGUACAUGCUUUAAUGUCUCCUGCACCCAAGGCACGCUAUAUGGUUGCAAAACUAAAGGAAAAACUACUGGUGUUUGUAUGUGCUUUGUUUCCUACUGUUGUAAUGGAUUCAGUUUUAUCUUAUGCACUGAGUAAGGUAAAACUCACAUAGAUGACAUUGGUGCUGUUCAGUGACUCCG